AUGAAAAUCAGCAGAACGGUGUCUUCUCAGAAUCCAAAUGUCUCUGUGAAGGUGCCUCCAUAUGUUCCUGAGUAUGUUCCUCCGAAUGUUUCUCCGGCUGUUGGUGAGGCUGUUGGUAUGUCAGUUGGUGAGACUGUUGGUAUGUCUGUUGGUGAGACUGUUGGUACGUCAGUUGGUACGUCAGUUGGUGAGACUGUUGGUAUGUCCGUUGGUGAGACUGUUGGUCCGAAUGUCGAUGAGACGGUUGGUCCGAAUGUCGGUGGGUCUGUUGGUUCGGCUGUUGGUAUGUCUGUUGGUGUGUCUGUCGGUGGAUCUGUAGGUUCUGACGUCGACGGUGUUGCGGAUGGAGAUGGCGUGAUUCCGACCACAGGAGCAACUGUUGGUGUAGACGAAGGCGUCUGGCUCGGAAUCU